AUGGCUCAAGCAAAGCCCCAAAUAGACGAGGCCAGCCGCCGACGUCAAUUACAGAAACAACUACGGAAAAAAAAGUAUCAAGAUAUCCAAAUUCAAGGUACUAACAAUUCUUCAAUUGCAUCCAAAAGAAGUGUGGAGCAAAUUUAUACCACCAAAUUAAACCCAGAACUUGGAGAAUGGUUUAAAUAUUUUGUCCCCAAGCCCAAAAGAAGGUCGCCGGCUAUCAACAGAGGUUAUUGGCUUCGCAUGGAAGCCAUUAGGUUAUUGGUUCAAAAGAUCAUUGAACAACUGCCACACCAAGAGGUUGUAGUCAUCAAUUUAGGAUGUGGAUUUGAUCCCUUACCCUUCCAACUAUUAAAUAUGAAGAAAGAAAAACCUGGCUCAAUAAAGCAAAGCUUGGCCUUCUGUGACUUUGACUACCCAGAAUUAGUUGAUAGAAAGAAGAACAUGAUUAAUGAUAGUGAUGAGAUCAAACAAAUCAUCGGUGACCAAAUACCGUCUCAAGAUAAGGACUGUGUUCUACAAACAUCCACGUAUAAGCUUUUGGGAUGUGAUCUCAAGGAUGCAAAUAGAUUUUCUGGUCAAAUUGAUAAGUACUUGGGUCAUACAAAGCAAACAAAGAUCUUCAUAGCUGAAGUAUCUUUGGCAUAUGUCAGAGCCGAGUUUGCCAAUCCGGUGAUCGAAGUUGCCAGUAAACUUGAGGAUUCUCACAUGCUUAUAUUGGAACAACUUUUACCACUGGGACCGUACCAUCCGUUUGCUAAGAAGAUGCUCUAUCAUUUUGAUCAUCUUGGAUCUCCUAUCCAUUGCAUUGAGACUUACCCCAAAGAAGAAGACCAAAUAGCUCGGUUCCAAGAUUAUUUUAAACAUGUGGAGCUGCGAGACUUAUGGAAAGUUUGGAACGAAAUCAUCAGCGACGAGCUGAAGAAACUUGUUAGUCAGAUUGAAGAGUUUGAUGAAUGGGAAGAGUUUAUCAUGUUUUGCCAGCAUUACUUUGUUCUACAUGCCCUGACCGAAACCGUUCCCAUAUACAGCCAUCCGAAGAUCCAACUAGUUCAUGGUGCUGUAGCUGAUAACUCUCAUACACUUUGCUGGAACAAAUUGAAACUUCUGACAGAACUUCAAUUGAAAUUCCCUGCUGUGGCUCCGCUUGGAGAUAAGCUCUUAGUCCAUGGUGGAUUAGAUCAAACUAGGAACGAUAAGACAUAUUUGGUCGAUUUGACCACCGGGAACAGUAAGAACGUACCAGACAACUGUGAGUCCCCUCUUGCAGCAAUUUCUUCUAGAAUGUGUCACCUGCUUGUGUCUUUAUCUACUGACCAGAUGUUACUUACAGGAGGCCGGUCUAGACCGGGGUUAAGUUAUUGUGAUGUUUACAAGCUCACUAAGCAGGAGAAUGGAAUAAUAAAAUCAACAAGACUUAAGGAUAUGACCGCCCCCAGAUGGAGACACGCUGCUGUGGCUGUUCUGAACAUACGAGUCUUGUUAUUUGGGGGAUUAGAAGAAGACAACGGAGACGUUUUUCAAAUCUAUGAUGUUGAAAGAGAGCUGUUGGUAAAUGUCGCGGUCAAAGGUGACACUAUUCCUAAUCUUUUCUCGUGUGGAAUUUGUUUUAACAGAGAAACAGGUAAAGGUUAUAUCGUGGGAGGAAUAGAGAAUAAUGUCACUGCCGAAACUAAUGGUUCAAUGUAUGAAUUUACUUUAGACAAUUCAGACAUUAAUAAUAAUAAUAAUAAUAUCGCUAUAAUUGUUACAAAAGUGAUUGAGAAUGAACCAUUAUUGGCCCGUGUCGGAUGUCAAAUGGAGUUUAUGGGUCCUAAUAAUUUAGUUAUUAUCGGCGGAGUUAACUACCACGGAUUAUUAACCCGGAACAAUACUGUUGUGUGUAUCAAUACCGAUACUUCCCGGAUGAAUAUUAAGCCGAUCUCAAUGUCCGAAAAUAUAUGGGGGAAGGAAUCUCCGACGCCUAUUUUCAUCGGUUUUAGUUUAGUCAAAGUUCAAACCGAUCCAAAAGCCGAACAAUUAGUGGUGUUUGGAGGUGGAGCUGUAUGUUAUGCAUUCGGUAGUUGCUGUAACCGUGAGAUGCUCUUGAUCAAGACAGAAAAGUAA